AUGUCACCGCCCCGACUAAAGAUCUUGUCAGCCACCCUAGAAGAGCGCUUCCCUACUAAUGUAGUCCUGUCCCUCGUCUCCGGCGCCGAGGUUAUGCAACUUGGACAAAGCGAGUUCGAGCACCGAGGCUCUAGCGAAAUCUGGGCGUUGGCCAUGACUCUGAGCACCGGACAGGUGGACUGCAAAGUAUCCCGCAAUAUUCGCCAGCAACAAUACGAAAGGCUGAUCGGGCCCAUCGCCUUCCACCCGUUAAGCGUCAUUUUUGAAACGCCAAACCAUGCCGCCUUGCUUGAAAAGAUUGGUGUCAAGGAUCUAGUGGGUGAAGUUAUCGACGAGCUUGUUCGCCUUGCAGAAGCCCAGGACUGCAAUCUAGCAGCAGAUUUCAAGCAGAGGGCCAUGGAUGAAAUGACCAAGGGCCCCGCGACCGACAGUAUCAUGUGGCAAGAUUACAUCGCCAGGCGUCCCAUGGAGGUCGAGACAUUCCUAGGAGCGCCUGUUAAACUGGCCAAAGACCUCGGAAUUGCCGUUCCCCGCAUCGAAACGCUCUAUACCAUCCUCCACAACCUCAACAUUGUCAACCGCACACGACCGCAGAAUGGCCCUGUCUCGCCUAACCCCAUGGCCUCCCCGCCCCCGAGCACCCUCGCAGAACGGCUUCCGGCCAAUGAUGAACGGCGGUAUGCCCAAUGGCAAUGGCCCACGAGGUCGCCCAGGGCCACGGAACUCAAACAUGGGCCCGCCGAUGAGGAGAGGUCCCCCGUAUCAAUGUCUGGCGGUCCGAACGGUUUCCGACCGUCGAUGAAUGGCGCACCCAACGGCUACGGGCCCCCUUCCCGAGCGACUUCCAGGAGAGGCUCCAUGGAAGGAGCCGACCUGGAAGACUUUUCCCACCUAGUCCUCUACGACGAUAUUCCCGAGGGCGGUCAGCCCGGCUUUUCCCGGCGGCGAUUCGUCCGAUUUUGCUCUCCUGCUCAGAUGUUUGACGACGAUGACGAUGACGACGACUACGUCGACCCGAUGGCCGGGCCUCCACCUCCUUUGAUCGAUCCUGACAACUUUGACAUGAUGAGUGUUACUUCUCGAAAGAAUCGCAAGAAUGUACCUGCUGCUCGUGACAUCAGGAAGAACCCCGAAUCAGAGGGCGCGCCCCCAUCUCGCGGCAGCAGGUUCCGACCUAGUUUUGGGCGCCAUCGAACUAGUCAAAUGUCAAACGUCCCCGGCCUUGGUGACAACAUCCUCGACGAUCCUCUUGUGUCCUGCUCCUCGAACCGGUACGGCACCGUCGACCGCGGCGCCAUGCAGGCCGAGUCCCGUGCCAACUCCCUCACGGCAUCCCGACUCGAUGAGCUGCAGUACGGCCAAGGCCCAAUGGGCGGGCCCAUGGGGAUGAAUGGCGCGUUUCCUCGCCGGACAAGCCAGUCUCCCGGUAACCCAUAUAGCCCAUCCGUCAGAGGGAUGAAUGGUCGGCCCUCUCCGCCCAACGGAUACGCGAGCCAGGGUGGCAGGCGGCCGUCGCCUCCGAACGGAGUGCAGCAGCCGGUGCCCAUGUACCCACCGGGCCAAGGAAACUCGGUAGCUCCGCAUCAGGUUGAACAGCACGCAGGGGUGAGCUCCCUUUACCCACCGUCGAAAAAUACUCGAAGUCUGACUGGUAGUGCGAGCGCUAGCGCGGGCAGUGGUGAUUCUCAGCAGUCCCUAAGUAGCAGUCAAAGCAGCUUCAACCAACGGCCCCCGAUCGGUGUACGCUAG